AUGAUGAUCGGAGAAAGAAACCGCUCUAAUCUGACGGUCCAUAAUCAUCCUUGGUCCAUCUACGAUGAACCAGUCGGAGUCGUCGCCGGCGGCGACGACUUCUCUCACUACCUUCUCGGCGAUUCUCAGAGGUACGUACCGACGAUGAACAAUAAUCUGGAAUUUGAAUUUGAAUUUGAUGAGCUGAGUUGUCAGGAAUCAGAUCUGUUAAUGGAUUCAUAUACAUGUGAUCAAUUUAGAAUGUAUGAAUUCAAGGUUAGAAAGUGUUCACGCGCUCGAUCUCAUGAUUGGACUGAAUGUCCAUAUGUUCAUCCUGGAGAGAAAGCUCGUCGUCGUGAUCCGAAAAAGUAUCAUUAUUCAGGUACGGCUUGUCCUGAUUUUCGUAAAGGUAGUUGUAAGAAAGGAGAUGCAUGUGAAUACUCUCAUGGAGUAUUCGAAUGUUGGUUACAUCCUUCUCGUUAUCGUACUCAACCAUGUAAAGACGGUUCAAACUGUUCACGUCGUAUCUGUUUCUUCGCACACUCUCCUGAUCAGAUUCGUGUAAUCAGUCCACGUUCUUACGAUUGUUCUCAUCGUUUGAUGUUUGUUUCAUCACCGGAAUCUGGUUCGCCGCCGGCGUCGGAAUCACCUCCGAUGUCGCCGAUGAUUAAUGAAGUGGUGGCUUCUCUCAGGCAGUUACAGCUGAAUAAGGUAAAGUCUAUGCCUUGUUCUAAUUGGGUCGGUUCUACAAGUGGGUUUGGAUCUGGAUCACCUAGGAUGGUUUUAGGACCGGGUUAUAGUAGCUUACCGAAUUCACCGACUCAGGUACUGACCCGAAGGGGAAUUAGGUCUUUUGAUAUAUUGGAGGAAGAACCGAUGAUGGAAAGGGUUGAAUCUGGUAGGGGACUUAGGGCUAGAAUGUUUGAGAAACUGAGUAGGGAGAAUCCGUUGGAUCGGGUUGGUGUUGACCCGAAUGUGUAUUAUCAGGAUCCGAAUGUUUCAUGGAUCUAACUUCUAAGAUAUUGUGAAGCGGGUAUGGGUAAUAGGAUCACAAGUUUGGAUUUUUGUGGGGGGUAAAACGGUAAAAAGAAUCAUCUCGUUUUGUUUUGUAUAUAGUUGGGGGUGAAGUUUGUUACUAAUGGUAAAGUUUGGGGGGUCGAAUCGUCUCUUUUUGUGGAGGUUGAAUUGGGUUGGUUUUUUGUAUAGGCAAAAGAAAGAAAAGGAAGAUGUUCUAUAUUAUUAUUAUUAUUA